CCCAAAAGAUCACAAACAUAGGAAACAUUCAUUCAAAUAUGUGUGCACUUUCUCUUAAAAACUGAAUAGUAGCUAACUUCAAUCUAAAAUGGGAUUCAGAUUCCUCAAAUUAAAUCUCAUUUACAAGCCAUAUCUCUCAAGAAUUUCCUCAACUACCCAGAAAAAUUCAAUCUUUACCCUUCACAAUCCAUCAAAAAUCAACUCUUUAACAACCCAAUUGCAAGAAAUUUAUGAUCCUUCAAAUGUGAUUAUAAACCCACCAAAUUCCCAAAUUUUCAAACGCUGGCAUUUUGGGCAUUCACAUCAUCAUCAUCAUGGUCCACAUCAUGAUUCUAGCAAGAAGAGUGAGAACAUUUUUAGGCUUGGACUUGCUGCUGAUAUUGGUUUAACUGUCGGAAAAGCCGUCACCGGGUACUUCUCUGGUAGCACCGCUAUUAUUGCCGACGCCGCGCAUUCUCUCUCCGAUGUGGUUCUCAGCAGCGUUGCUUUACUCUCUUUUAAAGCUGCCAGAGUGCCUAGAGACAAAGAACACCCAUAUGGCCAUGGUAAAUUUGAGACACUAGGAGCUCUAGGGAUCUCUGGCAUGCUCCUUUUAACUGCAGGAGGUAUUGCAUGGCAUGCUGCUGAUAUAUUGCUGGGUUUGCUUACAACAUCCCCUGAAGUUUUUGGUCAAUCCUUGAUGCAUGAGCAUGGUCAUCAUAGUGGGCAUGACCAUAAGAUCGAUAUGGAUCACCCAAUUCUCGCAUUAAAUAUGGCUAUGUUAUCCAUCGCUGUAAAAGAAGGUCUUUUUCGGAUAACAAAGAGAGCUGGGGAAAAGGAAGGCAGUGGACUCAUGAAAGCAAAUGCAUGGCAUCACAGGGCUGAUGCUAUCUCUUCUUUCGUUGCUCUUAUUGGGGUAGGAGGAUCCAUUCUUGGUGUAAAAUUUUUUGAUCCUCUUGCUGGCCUUCUUGUGUCUGGCAUGAUACUAAAAGCAGGUCUGGAAACUGGUUACCAAAGUGUUUUAGAGCUGGUGGAUGCUGCAGUUCCACAGCAGCUAUUGGACCCUCAUCGAGAAACAAUUCUACAAGUUGAAGGAGUGAAGGGGUGUCACCGUCUGAGGGGAAGAAGGGCUGGCUCGUAUUUGCACCUUGAUGUACACAUAGAGGUUGAUCCUUUCACCAGUGUCAGUGCUGCUCACCAUAUUGGUGAAAAUGUUAGGCACCGAAUUCACGAUUCUCAUCCUGAAGUGGCUGAAGUCUUCAUACACAUAGAUCCUUCUAUUUCUGAAAUAUCACCGGAAGUUGAUAUAAAAGAAAACUUUGACAGCUUGGACGAAACUAAUGACAGUAUCUCCUUAAAGGACAAAGACUUUGAUCAUAUCAUCUCUGAUAUAUUCUCAUCACAGUUUCCAAAGAAAAUGAAGCUAGAGCACAUAACGCCUCACCUGUUGCAAAACAAGAUUAUGCUGGAUGUUGAGGUCUCCAUGCCACCUGACAUAAUGAUCAGUGAUGCAAGGUUGAUGGCAGAGGAAGUGAAAAAGGAGAUUCUCGGAACAGUGUCUGAUGUCAUUCAAGUUCAUGUUCAGUUGCGGCUUACACCUGCUAACCAUACAACUCCCUCGUAAUUUUUUCCUGAGACUAUGACACCUUUUUGCUAGGAUUAUAGAUAGCUUUAUAAACUUGAACUGUUCCUUAAGUAGUACAAUUGUCCCGGAGAAAGUCAGACAUGAGUACGUAUUGCAGGAAAAUAACACUAACCUCGGCAUCUUUAUUUGUACUGUAGGUAAAUCAUAAAUGGUUAUAUAGUUUUUUCUGUGGAUCGCAGAAGGGGAUAUAAGGUGUGGUGCAUAGAGGAAGAAAGGAAGAUAAAUAGAGUGCUUUCCGUUCUUGAGAUGCACUCUUUUAAUUGUAUAAACAAGUCCAUUUUCGGACAUACAAACAACAAUAAGGUGACUAACUUACAGAGUCAUGUACGCAGUGCUUCUAAACUUGCUGCUUUUUUGGCAAUGCAAUUUUGCUAGCAUGUUACUACGGAGUACGGAGUAUUUCGUAUCUCAUAUUAAUAUGCUGCUUUUGUGCCUAUCGUUUGGGAAUGCAAUUUACUCUAGAAGUAGUAAACUCGAUGAUCAUCAGAUCGUUCUAGUUAUUCAUUGGGACUAUUGGGUAUUCACGAAGCUAAUACUGCAAGUAUAGUUUCACAUUGCAUUGCAUAAUUGCAUUACAGAGUAAAAUCAUGAAGCUAUAUAAUCAUGAAUGCAA